CGUGCCAACUCUAAGCUCACUGAGAAGGAGAGUAGUCCACUGAUAAAGGAUGGGCCUUGAGCGGAGAAAGCCAGUCUCGCGACCAUAUGGUUUGUUGUUCCACAAGUUGUGGAAAAGGCCUUGUUCCCAUCAGAACUUGUACGAUCGAGAGUGUUUUGGUUGUAGAUGGAUUCGCUUUGAAUUGACGGUCUGUCGAGAUUGGACCCCAAAGAUGGCUUCCCGUUCCAAUGACGAAGAGGCAAGAGCACUUCGUGGGUCUGGAAAUGAAUCCACAUAUGGAGUAGGAGUCAAUGGAGGAGGCGAAGAGACAAAGGAUUACAUCGGACCUGCCAACACAUUACGAUGGUAUCAGCGCCCCGUGGAGCGCCGUUAUGUGGUGGCAUCCUUGGCCUUCUUCGGCUUUUGUGUCAUCUACAUGCUUCGGGUGAAUUUGAGCGUGGCCAUUGUGGCAAUGACAGCCAAUCGAAGUCACACCAUGGAUGAUGGGAAAAUCAUUGUGUAUCCAGAUUUUACAUGGAAUCUAGCACGCAAGGUUACAUCUUGGGUGCAUUUUUCUAUGGAUACAUCAACUCAGAUUCCUGGAGGAUGGCUGGCCACUAAGUACGGAGGAAAGAUGGUCUUUUUGACGGGUAUCACGGCCACCGCAUUUUUGACCUUACUCACACCAGCUCUUACCAAAGCUGGAACUGGAUUCUUGAUCGCGCUACGAAUUUUGGAAGGGCUUUUUGAAGGCAUGACCUAUCCUUCGAUUCAUGCCAUUUGGCCAAAUGGGCGCCACCACUUGAAAGGAGUCGUUUGGCAGGGUGGCAUUUUCUGGGUCUUAUGUCGGGACCGUGAUUGCCUUGCCCUUAUCAGGAAUGCUAGCCGAGUACAUCAACUGGGAGUCCAUUUUCUACGUCUUUGGUCUAAUUGGUUUGGCGUGGUGCUUUGCGUGUGGUGGGUGGUCCGCGACUCUCCAGAUGAGGACCGCAAGAUUACUGAUCACGAAUUGGAGUACCUACGAACUGCCAUUGGUGUUUCCAGCCAAGAGAGUAUGAUGUCGCCGCCUUGGAAAAAAAUGAUGACCUCCAGAGCUGUCUGGGCGAUCAUCAUAGCACACUUUGCCGAAAACUGGGGCUUCUACACCCUCCUAACCGGCUUGCCCAUGUUUAUGCGAGAUGUACUUGGGUACAAAUUGGAUGCAGCCGGAUUUCUGGCGGCCUUUCCAUACCUCCUCAUGGCCGUGAUGUCCAGAGCGCUGGACUCUUGGCCGACCAUGCACGAACGAAAGGAAGACUGACAACGACUCAGGUGAGGAAGCUCUUCACUUGUGGAUCUUACGCCUGCCAAACGAUCUUCAUGACCUUAACUGCUCUGAUGAUGACCCGUGGAUCAGCCGUAACCUUCCUGUCUUGUUUCUUGGGAUGUGGAGGAUUUGCAUGGGCUGGGUUCUCCAUCAACCAUUUGGAUAUCGCCCCACAGUAUGCAGCGAUCCUCAGGGGAUAUCAAAUACUAUCGGAACAAUCCCUGGAAUAAUCAGCCCCGUGCUCACCGGAUACAUCGUUAGAGAGGGGACUGCCAAAGAGUGGCAAUAUGUCUUCCUUAUCGUUGCUUGUGUUUACAUGGUGGCCCAGCUGCUUAUGGCCUGUUGGCAUCGGGAGAGCGCCAAGACUGGUCCAGAAUUGAGGGCGACGAAGAUUCGCUGAAGGCCGAUGAAAACACCUUCGUCUCUGAAGCAUCAACUGCAGCUGCCAGUGAUUAUGGAACAGUUAGAGGAUUGAAUCGCUGUUGACGACGUUGCAAACACUCCGAAACUUGCUUAACUCAUUUUAAUUCGGAAAACGCUUUACUCAUUUUGGGAUUGAAUUUUAUUUUAUUACACCUCCCCUGAAAUAAGUUCCAUUUUCUGCUAACAUAUCGUUGCAAAACAACUGUUAUAAAUGAUAUAUUAGGCAUGCUUGCUUAUACAUUUUAAGUGUACCAUCUUGUUGUGCCAUCGUUGUCUCCUCCAGGUGAAAUACAUUUCAUAUAAAAACUUGUUACAAGUGAA